AUGAAGAAGAAGACUAUCGUGUCCAGGCGUGGUUGGUCCAAAAGCUUCUCCUUUUUUCUCUUCUCGUCGCUUCCCGACAUCACCGGCUUCCACCACAACCAUGUCUUCUCUUCAUUUCAACCUCCAUCCACUCCCUCCAUCUUCAUCUCCACUACUCACCACCAACAACAACAUUUCUUCCUUCUCCCCCACUUCCCUCUCCAUCUUCUACAACAACCACCACCACCUUCUUCGCUUCAAUCUCAUCGGGAUUUGAAGCCGCAGAAUUUGCUUCUCGAUCAACAACAAGGGAUUUUGAAGAUUGCUGAUCUUGGUCUUGGGAGGGCUUUUACCGUCCCGCUUAAGAGUUAUACUCAUGAGAUUGUUACUCUUUGGUAUAGAGCUCCUGAAGUUUUGCUUGGAUCUACUACCUACUCUACUAGAGUUGAUAUCUGGUCUGUUGGAUGUAUCUUUGCUGAAAUGGUGAGGAGACAUGUUUUGUUUCCGGGGGAUUCUGAAUUUCAGCAGCUUCUUAAUAUAUUCAAGCUCUGUUGCGGUGCUACUUUUAUGUUUGCUGUCUGUAAGGAUACUAGAGUUGCAUUAUUGUUGACUGGAGUGAGAAACAUUGACAUACUCAGGAAAACUAACAACCUUACUGUGAAUUCAAGGUGCAGAUUUUUAUUUUGCAAAGAUAGUAGAAGAAAAUAUAUUGGCCGAGUGAGGUGCGCAACUGCAGUUCCUGGAACUAGAGAGAGGAUGGAGAUGGAGAGGAAAGAGAGGGUAAGAAAAGCUGAGGCGUUGGUUGAGAAAGCAAUGAAAGGGAAUGAUGCUUCUCACGAUGCAGUGCAUGUUUGGAGGGUUCGUGACCUUGCUCUCUCCCUUGCCUCUGAGGAAGGCCUCUCUUCUGAUCCACACUCCAUGGAAAUCUUACAGCUGGCACCUGUUUUCUUUACUUUCUCGCUUGGAACGAAAAUGCACUAUUUUGGGAGCACUCUCCUGCAUGGAGGGGCAAAGUACAGAGCAACUGGGCAUGGAUUUGUCGUUCGUCAUGAAAAGUUUGCAGACAAUUACAGGAUGUACUCUAGGAGUCACUUUGUCAAAGGGAUUGAGCUCACAAUAUUGCUCAUUUGUUAUAUGAUUUAUGGAUCAGCAACAACUGACUCAGCAGCAUACGCAUUUCUGUCAUGGUCAAUGUGGUUUUUGAAGAUAGUUGAGGACUGGGAUGAUUGGAAUAAAUGGAUUAGUAGUCGAGGUGGUAUUGGUGUUUCUUCAAACAAGAGUUGGGAGUCAUGGUGGGAUGAGGAACAAGAGUUAGGAGUCAUGUGCCUUCGCAGACAACAGGAAGCCGAGGAAAUUCAGGGCCUGUUUGUGGUUCUAAAAUAA